AUGGCCACCUCCCCAUCCCCACCGCCAGAGACCCCCCCGCCACAGCGCCCCGCCCCGCCGCUCCCGCGCCCGGGCCAGCGCAACGUCCUGGUCACGAGCGCCCUGCCGUACGUCAACAACUACCCGCACCUGGGCAACAUCAUCGGCGCCGUGCUCAGCGCCGACGUGUACGCGCGCUACCUGCGCCAGCGCGCCGUCAACGUCAUCUACGUCUGCGGCACGGACGAGUACGGCACGGCCACCGAGACCAAGGCCCAGCAGGAGCGCGUCUCGCCGCGCCAGAUCUGCGACAAGUACCACGCCCUGCACAAGGCCGUGUACGACUGGUUCGACAUCGCAUUCGACGUCUUCGGACGCACCUCCACCCCCACCCAGACACACAUCGUCCAGGAGAUCUUCUGGGACGUCUAUAAUAAUGGUUACGUCCAGGAGGAUACUAUCGUCCAGCUUUAUUGUGACGCCGUGUGUAAACGCUUUCUGGCCGAUAGGUAUGUGCAUGGCGCCUGUCCUAACUGUGGCUAUGACGACGCGAGAGGCGACCAGUGCGACUCGUGUGGCCGUAUGCUCAAUCCUUCCGAGUUGCUGCAGCCCAAGUGCUCCACGUGUGGUAACCACCCGGUGUCCAAGUCUACGAGGCACUUGUUUUUGGACCUGCCGAAGAUCGAACCGCAGCUUGCCGAAUGGUUCGAGACCGCCUCGCAGCAAGGAAAGUGGACCACCAACGCUCUUGCCAUGACGGAGACUUGGUUGAGGGAUGGCCUGCGCCAGCGCUGCAUUACCAGGGACCUCAAAUGGGGCGUUCCCGUCCCGCUGGAGGCGUUUAAAGACAAGGUCUUCUACGUCUGGUUUGACGCACCCGUCGGUUACCCUUCCAUCACGGCCGCCCUGUGCGGCGACGGAUGGAGAAAGUGGUGGAUUCCCGAGGAGAAGGAUAAUGUAGACAUCAAGCUGGUCCAAUUCAUGGGUAAGGAUAACGUCCCAUUUCACACAAUCGUGUGGCCGGGCGCUCUGCUGGCUACACAAAAGCCUUGGACCAAGUUGCACCAUAUUUCCACCACAGACUACCUCAACUACGAGACGGGCAAAUUCAGCAAGUCGCGCGGUGUUGGCGUUUUCGGUAAUGAUGCCAUCGACACGGGAAUCCCUUGCGAGGUAUGGCGCUAUUAUCUGCUCCUCAAUCGCCCAGAAGGCUCUGACGCCGUUUUUACUUGGGACGAUUUGGCAGCAAAGAACAACGAUGAACUCAUAAAGACACUGGGGAAUUAUAUCAACAGAACCGUCUCCUUUCUCUCCAAGUCAUUUGCAGGAAUCGUUCCCGAACUCAUCCAAGAUGACGAGGAAAACAUUGAGUUUACUUCAAAAAUCAAUGUCGAAUUGCAACAGUACAUUACCUUGCUCGAGAAGGUUAGCCUUAAGGCAGGUCUCAAGAAAGCUAUGGCAAUCGCUAGUCUUGGCAAUCAAUACUUGACGCGCAAAGCGCCAUGGAAACUGUUCAAGGAGGGAGAGACAAGAGCAGCAGGCAGUUCUUUAGCCUUUUCGGCAAACUUAGUAGUCCUCGUCGCCUUGGUACUCGAACCGUUCUUGGGAUAUAAAUUCUCACGCAAGGUUUUUGAGCAGCUCGGGUUGGAGCAUCAACCUGGUGUGAAUAACAUUAUUCCGGACAUGUUUGAACCAAAUUUGUGGUUGAAGACUGGCAUGAAAACCGGUGUGUCCCAGAUCCUAUUCACCGCGUUAACAAAAGAUCAAAUUGCUGCUUUCCGAACAAAAUAUGGUGGGCAGCAGAAUGAGGUUGCCGAGGACACUGAUCAGAUGAGUGAGAAGGGAUUUACCCUCGAUUUGAGGGUAGGCAAAGUUGUAGAUGUCAAAGAUCACGAGGAAUCUGACCGCCUCUUCAUCGCAAGAGUAGACGUUGGAGAGGAAAAGGGACCCCGAACCGUAGUAGCAGGCCUUCGAGACGUGUAUUCAGCGGAUGAACUCCGGGGCGAGAGGGUAAUUCUCGUUUGCAAUCUGGCCCCAGCGAUGCUUGCUGGCAUUGCGUCAGAGGGCAUGAUUUUAGUCGCGGACAAGAAGAAGAAGGUUAAAGUUUUAACAGUGAAACCGGACGUCGAAGUUGGAGGUGCGAUUUUGCCUCAUGGCAUGUCAGUCACGAUUGGAUCACAGCCUUUAGAUCGCAAAGCAUUUCAGAAUGCCAGCAAGCUACUCCGGGUAGGGAAAGACAGCGCUGUCGUAUUUGACAAACAGUUCAAGCUCGUAUGCAAGUCUGACCCGACAAUAAUGGCCUCCGCACAGGGUAUUCCGGAAGGUGGAAAGAUAAAAUAGUACAGUUUGGAAUGCAGCCAUCUAACUAAACUGAUAGUUUGA